AUGUCUUGGGACGACAUCACACUUCAACAGCAUUUCGAUUAUGUAAAUGAAGUCUGUUACAAUUUUCCGGGCUUAAUCGACUUCAGUUGGAUCACCCCGCGUCAUGUUCAAAAUCACAUCUUGGACCCGAGUGAAUUUAUCAUUCUCCCAGAGACUCAAGGUGUCUCCCAAGUGGAGCAGGCCCCUGGAACCGUUGAAUAUGAUCUUAACUGGUGGCUUUCGGGUCAACCAGAAGCCGCACAUCCUGUCGAAAUGAGUAACAACUCGGACAGUGAUGACCCUUUCAUUCCCAUCGAGGAACCCUUAGUGUUCCCCGAUCUCUCCAAUAUCGUCACCCUCCCGGAGCAGCCCAUCGAUAAUGUUCAAGAGCUCCCCGAGCCCACUGAUGCGGGUCUAUUUAUGGAUCAGGAGUCUCUCCAGAGAUUCAUUGAUGAGAUCCAAAACAUGCAAGGUCAGUCUGGACAGAACUACGAGGCACCUGUCCCCGAGCCCAUGGGUUUGGGUCCAAUGAUGGAUCAGGAGUCUUUCCAGCGAUUCAUUGAUGAGUUCGAAAUCCCUGUCAAUAUGGUUACACCUCCUCUCAUUGACAUCACUUCGGAAAGCGGAUCGUCAUCUACCGGCCCUACGGAGGUUAGCGAUACAAUGGCCUCUUGUUUCACAAGGAAUGUCCUCUUCAUUCCUCAACAACGUGGCCUUCCCGCUGCUUCCAUUGAACCUUUCUUGAACAAAAAGGGCCGGGCACAGAAAAAGAAAUCCCCUUCCGCAUUCAGCUCACCACGACUCGUCAACGGUCAAAGGGUCCAAAGGAACAAGAAAAGCUGUCUUUGUUGUUCACAGGACAAAAAAAAGUGUGAUGGGAGCUUUGAGCGAGGAAUUGGAUGUAGUCGUUGUGCGUCGCUUGGAUUCAAGUGUCCUCAGGAGUCAGAGAAGAAAUAA